UCGUAUUACUCGCUUUGCAGGCGGUUUCAUACAUUGUCGUUUUAAUUAAGGCGUAAAUAUGAGUGAAUUAUCAUCAACAAACCUAUUUGAAUCCCAAACAAUUAUCGCUGAUCACAAAGACCUUAUCCACGAUGUGGCUUACGACUUCUACGGCGAAAGAAUGGCCACUUGUUCUAGUGAUCAGUAUGUUAAGGUGUGGGAUGCCGAUGGACAGGAUGGUUGGAGGCUCACAGCUAGCUGGAAAGCGCAUCAUGGCUCAGUAUGGAAGGUGACAUGGGCACAUCCUGAGUUUGGCCAAGUCCUUGCCACUUGUUCCUUUGAUAGAACUGCCGCAAUUUGGGAGGAAGUUGGAGACACAACUGCAUCUGGGUCAGAGAAGGGUCUCCGCACAUGGGUAAAGAGGUCCAAUCUCGUGGACUCCAGAACUUCAGUCACAGAUGUCAAGUUUGGUCCUAAACAUUUAGGGCUACUUCUUGUCACAUGUUCUGCUGAUGGUAUUAUAAGGAUAUAUGAAGCACCAGAUGUAAUGAAUUUAGCUCAAUGGACUCUCCAACAUGAAAUACCCACUAAAGUGUCAAUCAGUUGUCUAUCGUGGAAUCCUUCUUUAUCAAGGAGUAACUCAAACCCGCCCAUGUUGGCGGUUGGAAGCGACGAACCCAACAUAGCAAGCGCUACGGGCACGCAGAGCGACAAAGUAGCUUGCAAUGAAAAGGUCUUUAUUUAUGAAUACAGUGAAUCGUCAAGACGUUGGACCAGAACAGAGUGUCUCUCUUCCGUGGUGGAACCUGUCAAUGACUUGGCCUUUGCACCCAACCUGGGACGCUCCUUCCAUCUCCUUGCAGUGGCCACCAAAGAUGUGAGGAUCAUCAAAAUUGAACCUUUGCCCGAGACGUCUAGUACAUCAAACGGCGGCACGGUGCGGUUCAAGUCGGAGGUGAUGGCCGCGUUCGAGGACCACUGCUCGUGCGUGUGGCGCGUCUCGUGGAACGUCACCGGCACACUGCUCGCGUCCUCGGGCGAUGACUGCUGCGUGCGCUUGUGGAAGAUGCAAUACAUGAACCAGUGGAAGUGCGUGGCGGUGUUCAAGAGCGACUCCACGGCCGGCGAGUCAGCCGCACCUCAGCGGGCACACACCACGUACACGCGGCUGGCGGCCAUGGCCAACCCCGCGCACAUGCCGUACCACUGACGUCGGCUUCACCGGUUGGGCGAACCAACUUGCAGGGAAAGUGUCAAAAUGUUUGUCAGCAUAGACUGAAAAGAUCAUUGAAUCCAAAUGAACCGUGUAAUGUGAUACUUUCUUUUUAACUUGGUAUUUCUAAUCAGUUUUAAACACGUUAAAAUUAGCGGGUUCUAUCGUCAAAUGAAUUGUUUAAUUUAAGUUAUUAAGUACUCAUCGUUCGCCUAUAACUUAGACCUCGCGUUGAAGGCAAAUGACCUUCACACACUAUUUAUUCAAGACCGACUCGACUCUAAUUAAAAUAAUGAAAUGUGAGCUUUAUGUUACCAUCUCUAUUGUCAACACUUAAUCGGCCCACUACAGAGCACGCGUCUCCUACCACAAUGAGAAAGGGUUAAGGCCGUAGUCCACCACGCUGGCCCAGUGCGUAUUGGUGGACUCCAUACACCUUUGAGAUUAUGUAGAUCUC